GUUAAGGGGUUGAAGGGCCUGCUGCUCCGUGGGAUAUAGGAGAAGGGAUGCCAAGAGAACUUGGUGGAGGGUGUACCAGAGAUGGGGGUUUCCCAUGUGCAGAGAGGUCCCCAGUCCGCCUUCUGCUUUGUGGGCCCCUGGGUGUCUGCUUGGAGCACUGCUUUUGUGGCUUGAGCGUCUGGUCCUGUGGCCACCUGGGGCAAGCUCUGGGUAUUCUCCCCCUUGUCCCCUAAUGGCCACAGGACCAGCCUCACAGGGUUUUGGUGAAGAUCAGAUGGACUUAGCAGGAUGUCAUGGUUUAGUGGCCUCCUGGUCCCCAAAGUGGAUGAACGGAAAACAGCCUGGGGCGAGCGCAAUGGGCAGAAGCGUCCCCGCCGCGGGACUCGCUCCAGCGGCUUCUGCACACCCCGUUAUAUGAGCUGCUUUCAGGGUGCACAGCCACCCAGCCCGACCCCCGCAGCCGCGCCUCGGUGCCCCUGGCAGGAUGAGGCCUUCAUCCGGAGGGGUGGCCCAGGCAAGGGCCCGGAGCUGGGGCUGCGGGCCGUGGCCCUGGGCUUCGAGGACCCUGAGGCGACCGUGGCAGUCGGGGCCGCUGAGGGGGCCCCCGACGCGGCCGCCAGGAGCAGGCGAGCUUGCUGGCGCCGGCUGGUGCAGGUGUUCCAGUCGAAGCAGUUCCGCUCGGCCAAGCUGGAGCGCUUGUACCAGAGGUACUUCUUCCAGAUGAACCAGAGCAGCCUGACACUGCUGAUGGCGGUGCUCGUGCUGCUCACGGCCGUGCUGCUGGCCUUCCACGCGGCGCCUGCCCACCCUCAGCCUGCCUACGUGGCGCUGCUGGCCUGCGCCGCCAUCCUCUUCGUGGCGCUCAUGGUGGUGUGCAACCGACACAGCUUCCGCCAGGACUCCAUGUGGCUGGUGAGCUACGUGGUGCUGGGCAUCCUGGCAGCCGUGCAGGUCGGCGGCGCCCUGGCAGCCAGCCCCCACAGCCCUUCUGUAGGCCUCUGGUGCCCCGUGUUCUUCGUCUACAUCACCUACACGCUCCUCCCCAUCCGCAUGCGGGCCGCUGUCUUCAGUGGCCUGGGCCUCUCCACCCUGCACUUGAUCUUGGCCUGGCAACUCAACCGUGGUGAUGCCUUCCUCUGGAAGCAGCUCGGUGCCAACAUGCUGCUGUUCCUCUGCACCAAUGUCAUUGGCAUCUGCACACACUACCCGGCUGAGGUGUCUCAGCGCCAGGCCUUUCAGGAGACCCGUGGUUACAUCCAGGCCCGGCUGCACCUGCAGCAUGAGAAUCGGCAGCAGGAGCGGCUGCUGCUGUCCGUGUUGCCCCAGCAUGUUGCCAUGGAGAUGAAAGAAGACAUCAACACAAAGAAAGAAGACAUGAUGUUUCACAAGAUCUACAUCCAGAAGCAUGACAAUGUCAGCAUCCUGUUUGCGGACAUUGAAGGCUUCACCAGCCUGGCAUCCCAGUGCACGGCGCAGGAGCUGGUCAUGACCCUGAAUGAGCUCUUUGCCCGGUUUGACAAGCUGGCUGCGGAAAAUCACUGCCUGAGGAUCAAGAUCUUAGGGGACUGUUACUAUUGUGUGUCAGGGCUGCCGGAGGCCCGGGCAGACCAUGCCCACUGCUGCGUGGAGAUGGGGGUGGAUAUGAUCGAGGCCAUCUCGCUGGUGCGCGAGGUGACAGGUGUGAACGUGAACAUGCGCGUGGGCAUCCACAGCGGGCGCGUGCACUGCGGCGUCCUUGGCCUGCGGAAAUGGCAGUUCGAUGUGUGGUCCAAUGACGUGACUCUGGCCAAUCACAUGGAGGCCGGGGGCCGGGCCGGCCGCAUCCACAUCACUCGGGCCACGCUGCAGUACCUGAACGGGGACUACGAGGUGGAGCCGGGCCGCGGCGGGGAGCGCAACGCCUACCUCAAGGAGCAGCACAUUGAGACCUUCCUCAUCCUGGGAGCCAGCCAGAAACGGAAAGAGGAGAAGGCCAUGCUGGCCAAGCUGCAGCGGGCGCGGGCCAACUCCAUGGAGGGGCUGAUGCCACGCUGGGUGCCCGACCGCACCUUCUCCCGGACCAAGGACUCCAAGGCUUUCCGGCAGAUGGGCAUUGAUGAUUCCAGCAAAGACAAUGCUCAGGCACCUGGUGAAGCCAUGUCCCCUGCCCUCAGCCGGGGUGCCCAGGACGCCCUGAACCCUGAGGAUGAGGUAGACGAGUUCCUGGGCCGUGCCAUCGAUGCCCGCAGCAUCGAUCAGCUGCGCAAGGACCACGUGCGCCGGUUCCUGCUCACCUUCCAGAGAGAGGAUCUUGAAAAGAAGUACUCGCGAAAGGUGGACCCCCGCUUCGGAGCCUAUGUGGCCUGUGCCCUGUUGGUCUUCUGCUUCAUCUGCUUCAUCCAACUCCUCGUCUUCCCACCCUCAGCCCUGAUGCUUGGGAUCUAUGCCAGUAUCUUCCUGCUGUUGCUGGUCACCGUGCUGACCUGCGCCGUGUACUCCUGUGGCUCUCUGUUCCCUGAGGCCCUGCGACGUCUGUCUCGCAGCAUCGUCCGCUCACGGGCACAUAGCACUGCGGUUGGCAUCUUUUCCGUCCUGCUUGUGUUCACCUCUGCCAUCGCCAACAUGUUCACCUGUAACCACACCCCCAUACGGACUUGCGCAGCCCGGAUGCUGAAUUUAACACCUGCUGACAUCACCGCCUGCCACCUGCAGCAGCUCAAUUACUCACUGGGCCUGGAUGCUCCCCUGUGUGAGGGCACCGCACCCAGUUGCAGCUUCCCUGAGUACUUCGUCGGGAACAUGUUGCUGAGUCUCUUGGCCAGCUCUGUCUUCCUGCACAUCAGUAGCAUCGGGAAGCUGGCCAUGAUCUUUGUUCUGGGGCUCAUCUAUUUGGUGCUGCUUCUGCUGGGUCCCCCAGCCACCGUCUUUGACAACUAUGACCUACUGCUUGGCGUCCAUGGCUUGGCUUCUUCCAACGAGACCUUCAGUGGGCUGGACUGCUCAGCCGCAGGGAGGGUGGCACUCAAAUAUAUGACCCCCGUGAUUCUGCUGGUGUUUGCACUGGCGCUGUAUCUGCAUGCCCAGCAGGUGGAAUCAACUGCCCGUCUGGACUUCCUCUGGAAACUGCAGGCAACAGGGGAGAAGGAGGAGAUGGAGGAGCUCCAGGCAUACAACCGGCGGCUGCUACAUAACAUUCUGCCCAAGGACGUGGCUGCCCACUUCCUCGCCCGGGAGCGCCGGAAUGAUGAGCUCUACUAUCAGUCAUGUGAGUGUGUGGCCGUCAUGUUUGCCUCCAUUGCCAACUUCUCUGAGUUCUACGUGGAGCUAGAGGCAAACAAUGAGGGUGUCGAGUGCCUGCGGCUGCUCAACGAGAUCAUCGCUGACUUCGAUGAGAUCAUCAGCGAGGAGCGGUUCCGGCAGCUGGAGAAGAUCAAGACGAUUGGUAGCACCUACAUGGCUGCCUCUGGGCUGAAUGCCAGCACCUAUGAUCAGGUGGGCCGCUCCCACAUCACUGCCCUUGCCGACUACGCCAUGCGGCUCAUGGAGCAGAUGAAGCACAUCAAUGAGCACUCCUUCAACAAUUUCCAGAUGAAGAUCGGGCUGAACAUGGGCCCAGUUGUGGCAGGCGUCAUUGGGGCUCGGAAGCCACAGUAUGACAUCUGGGGGAACACAGUGAAUGUCUCUAGCCGCAUGGACAGCACGGGGGUCCCCGACCGAAUCCAGGUGACCACGGACCUGUACCAGGUUCUAGCGGCCAAGGGCUACCAGCUGGAGUGUCGAGGGGUGGUCAAGGUGAAGGGCAAGGGGGAGAUGACCACCUACUUCCUCAAUGGGGGCCCCAGCAGUUAGCAGGGCCCAGCUACAAAUUCGGCUGAAAGGACCAAGGUGGGCAUUUGAGUGGACUCUGUGCUCGCUGGGGGAGGCUGUGACAGGGGGCGCUGAGCCUCCAGACCCUGCUGACCAUGAAAGGGAACACCCCAGCAGCUGUACGUGGACCAUGCUCGUCUGCCCUCAGGCUGGUGAAUGAGGGGAUACCAAGAGGAUUAUGCAAGUGGCUUUCUUUCUUAACUGGGGUAGGGGCUGUUUUCUCUCCUUUUUUCCAGCUUUUGGGAGCAGGGGAGGGGGCAGCAGCAGAGGCAGGGGGAUGUCUCCUGCCUGAGAGAUUAAAAUGGCAGCUUGCCACGCCCGCCCUUUCCCUGUCUGUCUGGGCACUAGGCUCAGGGCUGGGCCCUUCCUUUCCCUCUUUUUCCUGGGAAUAUUUUGUAUAAAGACUGGGGCAGGCUUGAAGAGUGCCUAUUCCAUCCUUGCCUUCCUUUGCUAUGCCUGCAUCCCCAGCAUGGGUCCUGGGCACUCCCCACCCCAGCCAGGUCUCCCUCACAGACACAGGGCACGGGAGGGAGAUGUUCUGGGGACCCAGCUCUGUCCAUAUUUCAGGGGAAUGUUUCCAUUUGCCAAAUCCUAGUCCCAUGAUCUGUCCCCAAAGGGGAACAAAGGGACUUCUGACAGCUCAGAUUAGCCCCGUUUCCUGCACAGCUCCAGGGAAAGGGGCAUCUGGUCUCAUUGGUACUGUGAAAAUGCCCAGCCGGAGAGCAAGCGUGUGCGUGGGGAUGUCAGAAGAUCAGGAGCUGGAUGUUCGCCUGCAGGUGCCAAAGAGAGCAGGCCGGCCAGGGACGGGGGUGGUGCCAGACUCUGAUCCGAGGGUCAGGAUCAGGCCCCUCUGCCCCAGCGCGCUCUUGCUGUCUGCUGCAAGGGGGCACAGAGCAUCUCUACCCCUUCUGUUGCCAAAUGGAAAAGGGCCAGGGCAUGGAGGAAGAUGACCCUGAUCCCAAAUCUGUCCUCCCAAGCCUCUGGCACUGGGGAGGGCCCGUGUGUCUGUGUAACUGUGCGUGCACGGUGGUCUGUGUGUGUAUGUGUGUCUGUGUAACUGUGCGUGCACAGUGGUCUGUGUGUCUGUGUAACCGUGCAUGCACGGUGGUCUGUGUGUGUGUGUGUGUGUCUGUGUAACCGUGCGUGCACGGUGGUCUGUGUGUGUGUGUCUGUGUAACCGUGCAUGCACGGUGGUCUGUGUCUGUGUAACCGUGCGUGCACGGUGGUCUGUGUGUGUCUGUUUUCCUGGUCUGUGUGUCUUUGUGCUCCUGUUCCUUGGCUCUCCACCCCGGGUUGCCUCUUUCCUGUGGCCUCUGUCUUCUGGGAAUAAGGCAGGAUUCCUGAUUUCAAGAGAUGGAGAGAGAUGCCCCUGUUGCACAGGAGUGGGAUGGGGUGUGGUAGCAAGAGGGUGGCCCUGGGGAGAGGAGUCCUUUUUGUGCCAAAUCCCUAAGUGCCGUUUGGGGGCCACAUGUGCAGCAUGACUGUCUCCCUGCCUGGGGCGGGGACCCAAGCGCCUGCUUGAGGCCCACAGUGCUCCUUGCACUUGAACUGUCUGGGGUUUGGUGGGCAGAGGCUCAGGAGUUUCCUGGGCUCCCCAGCUGGUGUCCUGGGAUGUGGUAUGCUUUGGGGCUGGGGUAGCAUGGGAUCCCUCUGAGGACCCAGAUUCUGGUACUAAGGGCUAGGGGAGGGGAACCUGGACCUCAGCCUUCCCCAGCCUUCAGCUUGAGCCUAGCGUGCUCUGGGCUCCCCAGUCCCCACGAAGCCUGCAAGAGCUGGCAGGAGGGUUAGGAGGGCUGGACCCUAGAUUCCCUUCCUAUCCCUGCCUGCCUUUUACCCUCUUCCCUGCAACCUCCUUGCCUCUGGACUGAAUUAGUUGGUGCCUUGGUUUCUCUGUCUGUACCUAUUUAAGCCAGAGGCAUUAGCCAGGAUUUUGCUUGAAGAUCGCAUUGUCUUUGAGGCGUUAGAGAGGCAGAGGAGAGAGGGUCCCAGAGUUGCUGGGUUUGGGGAUUGGAAGGGGCAGGUGGUACUCUUGCCCUUUCUCAUGUCCUUUCUGACUCUAGCUCCUUGCAGAAGCCUGGUUUCUGGCUCGUACUGCCUGCUUUGGGGGAUCUUCAUGCAUCAACCAAAUGGGCCAUCAGUCACUUCAUUAGCCAAGGCAGGAGAAGGGGAAAAGACUAGUUGGUCCAGACAGAAAGUCAACUCCCCUUCCGUCAGCCACAUCCCUGGACAGGAAGGUUCUGCGUGGGGUCCUGGGGCGGCGAUGAGGCUGUAAGGAGACCAGAGUGGGAGGACUGCAGUCUUGGGUGACUUGUCUCUGCUUCUUGCCAGGUGGCAGGGGCCUGUCCACACCCUGGCUCCCUGUACCGCAGUGCCAGCCGUGUGCUUCCCCCGGGCUGACGUUGCCCCCUUCCUCGCCAGUUGCAGGGGGGAGUCAGUGGAUGGGAGGCCCGUGGACUUUGGUUUUAUAAUGUAACCAGUGUGUGUGUGUAGGGGGGGAGGGUGUGUAUACCAUGUAUUUCAGUGAAAUAUUUAAUAUAUUUAAAUAUCAAUAAAAAUCAAACUCUUUGUAAAA